UCCACGUUCAGCACUUUGUUCCGCUCUACUGUUGUUCCAUGCAUCGGUAGGAAGUCAAUUGCUUAUGUUUAAAAAUUACUGAGGUGUAAACAAUGUUGAUUUAAAAAAUAUAACUCAAGAGGAAGAACCAAGGAGGACGAAGAUUGGCAGACAAAGAUGGAAACGCAGCGAGAGGAUCCCUCAUUCUUAGACAAGAGGUCGCAGGCAGUUGAGGCUAAUGGAGGAAGUCUGAGUCACCAGCAGUCGUCUCUUCCUGAACUUCGUUUGGUUUUACUAGGCCGCAAAGGUGCUGGGAAAAGCUCAGCUGGAAAUACCAUCCUAGGCCUGGCUGGUGGGUUUGAGACAGGCAAAACGACCGAGGAGUGUGUGAAGAGGCGAGCCGACGUGGCAGGAAGGCGUGUUACGGUUGUGGACACUCCAGGCUGGGAAUGGUACUAUUCAGCAAACGGGACUCCCGGUUGGGUGAGGAGAGAAACGAAGCGAAGCAUGUCCUUGUGUCCUCCAGGUCCUCACGCCGUCCUUCUAGUGGUGCGAUCCUGUACAUCGGUGACAGCCGACUACCAUCGGCAGAUUGAGGAGCAUCUGGAACUGCUGGGUAAAGCAGUGUGGGAUCACACCCUGGUGCUGUUCACACGAGGGGACGAACUGGGCUCCGUUCCCAUUGAACAGAGGAUUCGAAACGGCGGCAAGGCCUUCCAGACGCUCCUGGAACGAUGCGGGAACAGGUUCCACGUUUUGGAGAACAAGCGGCGUGUUGACGAUGGAUCGCAGGUGAAGGAACUGAUGAGGAAGAUGGAUAAGCUGGUGGAAGAGAGAGGAGGGAGAUAUUAUCAGACGGAUCUGCUGCUUCUGGAGCUGGAGGUGGAGAGCAAACGCAGAGCACGAGAAAGAAGGAAGAAGCAGAGGCUGAUGGAGGCACAGACGCACAGAGGAACCAUCAGAGCUGUGCUGAUGAAUGAUAAUCCACAAACUGAAGACCUGGAUGAGAAGAAUCUCUUCUCCAGAGGUUCACGGCGUCUCCCAGAGCUGAGACUGGUUCUGCUGGGAGAGAGAGAGACGGGGAAAAGCUCAGCCGGGAACGCCAUCCUUGGAGGACCGAGAUACUUUCAAAGCGGAGAGGCCACCGAGGAGUGUUCGAGACAGCAGACAGAGGUUUCUAACAGACUGGUGACGGUGGUGGAUGUGCCUGGAUGGGAGGGCGGUCCAGAGGGAUUGACUCCAGAGAGAGUGAAGCGAGAGAUCGGACUGAGCGUGACACUGUGUCCUCCUGGACCUCAUGCAUUUCUACUGGCACUGAGGGUGGAUGCGCUUGUCCAAGCCCAGGCUGUGCGGGAGCACUUGGAGCUUUUAGGAGAGGCAGUUUGGAGACAUACGCUUCUUCUGUUCACAAGGGGCGACCAGCUAAGAGAGGGAGUCACCAUCGAGCAGCACAUACAAGGAGGAGGAAAGGAUCUUCGUUGGUUGGUUGAACGAUGUUCAAACAGGUUCCACGUCAUCAGCAGCAACUCUUAUUUGGAAACUCGGAAUUCCAAAACACAGAUAACAGAACUUCUGGAGAAGAUCGAGAAGAUGGUGGCAGGAAACCGUUGCGAGGCCUUUUCGCCACUAGUGCAUGAGAUUCAAGACUUAGGACGACAGAAGAAUGAGAAAUUCCAGCUGAAAGUCAAGGAGUUUAGCGAGAAGCUUCAACGGCAGGAGGAAGAGCUAAAGAAGAUGAAAGAACGAGAGGUCAGGAGCAUUCGCUGGUUUUUUGAAAGACGCAAAAAAGACAAAGUACUAUCUCCUGGAAAAGCAGAGAGGGAAGAGGCUCCGUAUCGAGGAGAAGAUGACAGGCGAAGCAUGAUGGGUGAGCUGGAAGAGAGGAUGGCAUGGUUGACAGAAGACAAGGAGCGAGAGUUACAAGAGCUGAGCGCUGAAAUGAGCAAAGUCAUGGUGACUCUCCAUCAGGGACUGAAAGAGAAAGAGCAACUGCACAUGAGAUUAGAGGAACGAGAGCGAGAGGGAGAAGAACUUAAAGAGAAAGUGGAAGAACUACAGAUGAAACUGCUGGAAAUGGAGCGCAUGGGUGCCGUAAAAGAGCAAGAAUGGAAAGAGAGAGAGGCUGAGAUUAAGCACAAGCACUUGGAUGAGAUGAACGAACUUAAGAGCAAACUGUUGGAAGCUGAGAAAGACAAUGAUAGGAUGAGAGGAAAAGUUGAAGAAACUCAAAAAGAGAUGGAAGCAUCACAACAUAGACACGAAGAAGAAGAGCAAGACAUGGAGAAGAGAUUAAAAGAAAAGGAUAAUGAAAUUAAAAACAUUUUAAGAGAAAUCGAGGAGGUGAAACUGAAUGCUGAGAGCAGAGAAAAAGAGCAACGCGAGAAUUUCAGUGAAAACCUUGAGAAGAGAGAGAAAGAAAUGGACAAGCUGAGAGAGAUGAUAGAGAUGAUGACCAAAGAAAUGGAGCAGCUACGGAUGUCUUAUCAAGACCAAGUGAAAACGACAGAAGCCGAGAGAGAAAUGCAUGCAGAAACUGUGGGGAAAUACAACACGCUCAUUGAUAAACUUGUAGGGAAAGAUGAGGAAAUAGAGCGAACCAUGAGAGAGAAAGAAAAGGAGCUACAUCGAAAUGCUGAAACGCAAGGGAAACUUCAGCAAAAAGAUGGCGAAAUAGUCAAAUUAAAACAAAGAGAUCAGGAAAAAGAGCUUGAGAUUGAGACCCUGAAGCAGAACAUUAGCGAAAAACAGAGGGAUAUAGAAAAAUUGAAAGACACUGUCCAGGCAAAUACUGAAAAACAUGUAGGUGAAGUUCAAGUUUUGAAGGACGAGUUGAAAACAAAAGAAGACGAAAUAGAAAAAUUAAAACAAAGAGGCCUGGAGAAAGACAAAGACAUUGACAAACUAAAGGAAACCAUUAGCGGAAAACGAACUGAUAUUGAAAAGUUAAAAGACAGUAUUGAUGAAAAUGCAGCUAAAAUAAAACUUUUACAGGAAGAAUUGAAGGUAAAAGAAGAGGAAAAUGAAAAAUUAAGACAAAGAGGCCAGGACAAUGAACGAGAGAUUGACAUGCUUAGGCAAAACAUUAGUGAAAAACAGAAAGACAAUGAAAAGUUAACAGACGAUAUUGAGGCACAUAUCAAGGAAAGUGCAGCUCAACUCAAGCAUUUAGAGAAAGAGCUGAAAAUAAAAGAAGAGGAAAUUACCAAAUUAAGACAAAGAGACCUGGAGAAAGACACAGAAAUUCACACACUUAAGAAAAAUAUUAUUGGCCAACAGCAGGAUGCUGAAAAAUUAAAAGACAGCAUGCAGUCGAAUAUUGAACAAAGUGCUGCACAACUGAAGCAUUUAGAGGAAGAAUUCAAAAUAAAAGACAAUGAAAUAAUCCAAUUAAGCACAAGAAACUUGGAGAAAGACAAAGAAAUGAAUGCACUGCGUGAAAACAUUAGCGAAAAACAGAAAGAGGUUGAAAAGUUAAAAGAGAGUAUUCAGGUUCAUGUUGAGGAAAGUGCAGCUAAACUCAAACACUUACAGGAAGAACUACAAACAAAAGAAGAUGAAAUAACCAAAUUAAAUCAAAAAGACAUGGAGAAAGACAAAGAAAUGACCACGCGGCUCCAAAACAUCAACGAAGAGCAUAGAAGAGAAGUAGAAAAGCUGGAAAACAGCAUUCAAGCAAAUACUCAAGAAGCUGCUGCUCAACUAAAACAUCUAGAAGAAGACUUUGACGGAAAGAUAGAGGCCUACAAAAGAAAGAACGCCAUGAUGGAAGAAGAGAUGGAAAACAUAAGGAAACAGCAUGAGGAAACAGAAAGACACCUGAAUGAGCUGAAACAACAGACCAGGGAAGAGCGAGAACGAAACAACGCCCUACAAAACGCAAACACAGAACUGGGAAGCGAAUUAGAAGAGCUGAAGUGCAAAUGUGAGGGCUAUGAGAAAGAUCUUCAGACUUCAGUCAAGCACUGUGAGAAACAGAUGAAAGAAAUGAAAGGGUUAGAACAAGAGAUAGAUGAGUUAAAACGGCAGCUGGAUGAGAAGGAGAAAGAGAAAGAGAGCGAUAUGCAAGACAUGAAGGCGUAUUAUGAGACAAGACUAAGAGAAAGGCAUGAAGAGCAUGAGGUGAAAGAGAUAGAGAGAGAACAAGAGCUUCACAGGAGAGAGAGGGAGGUAGAAAAGAAGGAAGAGAAAUUAGCACAACACAAACAAGACUUGGCAACUAGAGAGGAUGAAAUGAAUAGGCGAGAACAGGAUUUGGAAGUGCAAAUGUAUAGAAUUAGAGAAGAGGAGAAGAAUCUGGAAAACGAGAGCCAGAGUAACAAACGUCUGGCUGUAGAUCUGGUGCGAAAGAAAGAGGAGACUGAGAAAAAAGCAGAAGAUCUUAUAGCUAGAGAGGAAAAUUUAAAAGAGCAGGAGCAGCAGAUAAAACGUAGAAAGGAUGAGCUACAAGCAAUGGAGAAGAUACUGGAGACCAAGGAAAAGGAAAUGAAAGAUUUGACUGAAAAGCAGGAGAAAAAUCUGGAAAACCUUAGACAGCAGAUGGAGAGGAAAGAACAAGAGCUGCUGGAAACGGAGGCAAAUUUUGUUAAAGAACAAAGCAGGCUUAAGGAAGAAGAAAAAUCUUUGAAGGUGCUCAAAGCAGAUCUGGAAACUAGAGAAGGUGAACUUAAUAAACGAGAGCAAAUUUGGGAAUCGAAAACCCAAGAGCUUUCAAAGAUCUCUGAGGAAUUUGAAAACAACAAACACAAUGUGGAAAAAUGGCAAGCUGAGCUGAAUAAUAAGGAAAAUGAUCUUCUGCAAAAAAUAAAUGGACUGCAGAUAAAGGAGCAAGAACUUGCUCAGAGGGAGCAGGAACUUGAACUUAAAGGCCAAAGGCUGAUGGAGCAACAUCUAGACAUGGAAAAUAAACAGCAAAACCAGACAGCUUCAUUUGAUGAACGUGAUUUGGAGCUCAAGAGCAUUAAAGAAGCAUUAGAAAAACUAGAGCAAGAGCUGAUAAAGGUUGAAGAAGCACUUUCUCAAAGAGAGCAGAAGCUGAAGAGUGAAGACAUCUAUUUGGAGAAAAGACAGCAAGUCAUGCAAAAUAGGGAACAACAGUAUAAAGACAUGUUGCACGGUCUUUCAAAACAGCAGGAUGUUUUGAAAGACAAAGAACGCUCUUUAGAUACCAGAGAAACAGACCUGCGCCAACAGGAAUUGGAGCUUGCUAAGAGAGAUAGUAACAUGGCGGAUAAAGACAAACUUUUGCAGAACCAAGAAUUAGAUCUAAAGAAGAAAGUGAGCGAUGUUGAGAAGAAAACACAAAAGCUAGAGCUCCAGAAAGCAACUCUUGAUGAGAAAGAGAAAGAGCUUGAGGAACGUCAAAACCAACUGGACAGCAAAAUGCUGAAGCUAAAUAAUGAACAAGACAAGAUGAAAAAGAAGCAAGAAGAACUUGAGAAAUGGGAGAAGUAUUUGUAUAACACAGAGCUCAAACGGAUACACAAAGUGCCUUUCUCAAUGUAUCAACGAUUGACAAACAGCACUGAAUUUAAUGGGAAACAAACUGAAGCUGAAGAGAGCCAUCAAACGUAUCAAGAAGUCGAAGUGGAUGGUGGUGUUUGUGAUGCAAAAGAUGCAAGAAGUGAAGAGCGAAUGGAGUUGGCUACUACAAACCAUGCAAACAACAGAUCGGUAAAGAUCCAAAGGGUUAAACGAACACUGGAAGCCAAGGAAAAUGAGGAAGAUUCCGAAAGUGAUGAAGACUUCUUCGAAUCUUCAAGCACUAAUUUCCAACCUACCCUGCAUGCACCCUGGGCUGUGUCUGAGCUAAGGCUGAUGCUUUUAGGAGACUCCUGGUCAUCUCGUCACCCAGCGAGAUGCACCAUUGUAGGGCCUGACGCAGAUAGAAGCAACCUAUGGAAGGGAGCGAUAUCCGGCAGACAGCUCACUAUCGUAGAGCCUCAGGGCCUUAAAUGGAGAUCUGGAUCUGACAGUAAAGAAACAACUCAAAAACACCUCUCUCAAAGCAUCUCUCUGUGUCAACCGGGACCACAUGCCUUCAUCCUGGUGAUUCCUGCUUACGUAUCCUUCACUGGUCAGUACAGGCGUGCAGUGGAACGUACCAUGUCUGCGCUAGGAGAAGCAUCCUGGAGGCACACUAUUGUUCUGCUCACCUGGGCAGAAACAUUAGGAGAAAACGUCCAGCAGCAUGUGAAGAGAAACAGCGACUUGGAACGGCUGGUUCGAAAGUGUGGGAAUAGAUGUCAUGUGCUUGACAAUGGACACAGGGAAUCUGAUGUGGCAAAGUUGCUGGAGAAGGUUGAGGAGAUGCUAGGAGGAAACAAUGGACAAUACUACAAACUGGACUGAAAAUGAGUACUAAAGAAGAAAGAAGUUCACUUUCAAAACUCACCCCGUUGUCAUCCAAGAUGUUUGUGACUUUCUGUCUUCAGUCGAUAAGAAGUCAUGUUUCUUAAGGAAAAGAAUUCAGGAAUUAUCUCCAGACAGUGGACUUCAAUGGUGCCCCCAAGUUUUUACUUCCAAUAUGCAGUUUAAAUGCAGCUUCAAAUGGCUCUAAGCGAUCUCAGCCGAGGAAAUCUGUCAUUUUCGUAACAAAUUGACAAUUUAUAUACUUUUUAACCUCAAAUGCUUGUCUUGUUUAAGUCUGCAUGAACUCUGUUUUUUCCGGUUCAAUACGGUCAAUAUGGCACUACUGUAAAAAAGAACGUGGGUACAACUUCCAGUGAGGCGGCAGACGUAAUAUACCAAUGGUAUUUUGUGUGCUAAUUAGCAAAGUGGCUAAGUGUUUUUUGGACCAUUGUUUACUUUGUAAAGAUACACACCUUUAUGAGAGAUGUCAUUACGUUCUUAGGGAAAACAUAUGCUCUUCGAAUUUGUUUUCCCAGAUCAUUAGCAAGUUUCUUGAAUGACCGUCAACUAGUGAAAUGACAUUUGAUCCGAGACAUCAGAGCUUGUGUUAAAGGGCAUGUCAGAUGAAGCCUCGAUUUGAGGCUUGUUAACGUAGAAAUCCCUUUCGUAGAAGCCUCUCUUUCUGUCUAGUCAAGUGCACGAUUCACUUUGCGUGUCCUAAUGUUAGACCCAGAUUUUACUUUGCGAGUACAUUUUCAUUGGGACUUAUAUAAUAAUUACAUUUUUAAAUACCCAGUCACACAAGUAAUAUGAAGAAUACAAAUAAAAAUAAAUAUUUGACAUAUGCAAUUAAUAUAUGUGUACAUUAUUCUUCUAUUACAUCAUAUUGAUAUUCGUACUGGCAUGUAAUGGCACAGUUCAAUGGGUAAAUUAAUUUAUCGAUGUCAGAAAUUCAACAAACAAACACACACACGAUUAGGCUUUUAUUUGUGCAUAUAAUAUGAAUCGAUCUAUGGAAAUUGUGGUGAAUGCUUCUUCCGACGGAGCUUCACGGGCUUUUGGGUGCUUUGUUUCUUAAUAACCACCAGAUUGUGCUGUUUUCGACACUCUCAAAGCUUUGAAUCUUUUCCCGAAACAGCCAGAGGAAAGUUUCGGUGCUUUACGAGGCUUCAUUUGCAGGUCACUCCUGUCAACUGUUGAAUGAGUGUCACGUCCCGCUUGUUUACGUUGGACUGGAAGACGCUCCCACUUUUGACGCAAGUCCACAUGGGGCGCAGGAAACUUGUCUAUAUAAACUGUAAAUUUGUUUCGAAAAUGACAGAUCGUUUUACUAGAUAAGAUACAUUUGAAGCUGCAGUUUAACUGCAUUUUGGAAGUUCAAACUUGGUGGCACUAUUGAAAUCCACUAUAAGAACA